GGUCUAUCCGUCAGUCGCUCCGUAGCCGCUGUAGGAAGAGGUUCGCCUGCGUCGUUUUCAUUCGCGCGCUGUAACACCCGUCAGGAUUUCUCGCGAGAACUUCUCGUAAGUGACACAUUGAUCGUUACCGCGAUCCUCGAGCGUGUUUACUCCGCAUUUCCGCGGUGAUAUUCAAUCUCAAUCGCGGUUAUACGCGCGCGCGCGCGCGCGCGAUCCUUACGUUCGCGCUCGGGUAAACAACGGAGUGGUGUGCAGUGUGCCAGCGCGUGUGACGCGGGUAUCAGUGUUGCUUGCGUCGCUCGCCACGACGCCGCGACCGCCUUCCGAGAAGACAAGCGGAGACGAAGAAGCGGGAGUGAAGUAAAUAAGAUCGAAAAAAUAAACGUGUGCCGUCAGGGGGGAGUGAGGAAAUUUUUCGGGUCAGUGUUUCUUCGAAAAAAAGCAGUGACGACGUAGGUAGUUUUCUCCUUCUUUACCGACCGAAAAAACAAAAAAAAUAAAAAAAGUCGCAUCCGUCGCAUUUGUAAGAGCAUAAAGGAAAGACGCGGACACGGCCGCCGCCGAGGAGAUCGAGUUGUCCUCCUCGAGUCCUCGCUCGCCUCGUCCCGUCGGCUUGUGCGCGCGCUGUGCAUGACUCCGAAUGAACGCGACGACCAGCCUCACCUGACCCGGCGAGCCGCGAGAGGGAAGGAGAGAGGCCGCUACCGACCACUGCCCGCGCGAGUGUAAAGGGGAGGAGGAGGAGGGUGUGUGUAACACGUUUAAGCGGCCGGUCUCCUCCGCGCGCCCGAUGAGACGGUAGUGACGGAUGGAUUGGUGGCGACCGCCGAUGGAUUUUCGGCGGGGAAACGGGGUGUUGCGAAUCACGCUCGCGUACGCGUCGCACCGGAACGUAGCACGUCGUCGCGAGGCGACACGUCAUCGCCGCCGAUCGUCGUCCUCGUAGCGGCCCGAGUUAUUUUUUUUCACGCGCCUCCCACGAAAUCGACCUUUCUGUGCCCCCCCCCUCCUCGCCCACCUCCUCUCGUCGUUUACUCCUGUUAACGGUUGUUGCUGUUGUGCCGUUUGUUGUUGUUAUUGUUCUUCUCCGACGGGGGAGCAGCUCAGUCGGAAUAAGUGUACCGCGUGUGAUAUGACGCGUCACAAUUGAAGAAGUUUCCGGAGUUUCGCGUCUCUCGCCGGAGUAAGGGCGCGAGAUACGUCGUACAGAUAUUGCCACGCAUCGAGCAGGAAGGAUGUAUCCCAGCGCCGGAAUCAACGCAGCCGCCGUGGCCGCCGCCGCUGCCAGGCAUCCGGGUCCACCGCAGCCUGGACAGCCGUUCAAAUUUUCGGUCGGCGAAUCCUGCGAUCGUAUCAAGGAGGAAUUCAACUUUUUACAGGCCCAAUACCACAGCCUUAAAUUGGAGUGCGAGAAACUGGCCAGUGAAAAAAUAGAGAUACAGAGGCAUUACGUGAUGUAUUACGAGAUGUCGUACGGGCUUAACGUGGAGAUGCACAAACAGACGGAAAUAGCGAAAAGGCUGAACGCGAUCGUUGUGCAGAUUCUGCCUUUUCUCUCUCAGGAGCAUCAGCAGCAAGUCGCUUCAGCACUCGACAGAGCCAAACAAGUGACCAUGACCGAGCUGAACACUAUCAUCGGGCAACAGAGGCCUGAUCUACCGAGACUCCUGCAACAGAUGCACGCCCAACAACUGCCACCGGGCGCGGCGAUGGGACCGCAUCCGGGUAUACCCGGACUUCCUGGGUUGGGCCCGGGCGCGGGUAUACCGGUCCCCACCUCGGCAUCCGCGGCGCUUCUCGGUUUAGGCCUUCCCCCAGGAGCGGCUGCCACCCCCGGAGGUACCGGCGCACAUCCGCUGUCGAUGCUGACCAAACCGGAACUUCAUCGCGGUCAACCCGACGAUCUCAAACCUAACGGAGGUCUGAAUCCGGCUGAGGAGAGGCAUAGGAACUCGAUAUCUCCGGCGGAACGGGAGAAGUACAGACCGCGUAGCACGCCCGAUCCGCAGCACGAACAUCUGCUGGGUAAGAAACUGAAGAAGGAGCAGGACAAAGACAUAGGCCAUCAAAGCGAUGGCGAAAAGAGCGACCAAGACCUGGUGGUCGACGACGCGAGCGAGGGCCCGACCAGCCCCGCGGCGAACGGCACGGCGUCACCGCGAGAAAACGGUCUCGACAAGUUGGGCCCAUCGUCGGUGGCUAUGAGCGGCCAGGUCAAGAAAGAAGUACCACCGCCAUCACCUAGAAGUGGUACUAGCAGCAAUGCGAGCACGCCUUCGGCCAAGAAGAUGGAAGAACGUGAGAAACCAACGACACCGAUCUCGAAACCGGUCACACCGACGUCGGCAGGUAGCAGUUCUGGUUCCGGUGGCCUAAAACCAUCGAGUUCCAGUAAACCGUUAGUUUCGGCUUCGGUGGUCGGCCCUUAUCCGCCGCACUAUCCGCCGCCACAUCAUCCACCCGCAGGACCUCACGUGGACAUGCUGGGCUAUCCUCCGGCAGCACUCAACGGUGGUUACCCUACGAGACCUCCCCUUCAACAGCUUUAUGAUCCUCAUGGCAGCAUGAGAGCACCACUCGGACCGAUCAUUCCUCCCGGUGGUAAACCCAGUGCCUACAGUUUCCACGUAUCUAGUGAAGGUCAGAUGCAACCGGUACCAUUCCCGCAGGAUGCGCUCAUUGGCCCGGGUAUUCCGCGACAUGCGCGUCAAAUAAAUACGCUAACUCACGGUGAGGUGGUCUGUGCCGUGACGAUCUCGAAUCCGACCAAGUACGUCUACACCGGCGGCAAAGGUUGCGUUAAGGUGUGGGACAUCAGCCAAGGUGGUAGCGCUAGUGCGAAACCCGUCUCCCAGCUUGAUUGCCUGCAACGGGACAAUUAUAUCAGAUCGGUGAAGUUGUUACCUGACGGUCGAACUCUCAUUGUUGGAGGCGAGGCGAGUAAUCUGAGCAUCUGGGACUUGGCUAGUCCGACACCGAGAAUCAAAGCCGAACUGACCUCCUCGGCGCCGGCGUGUUAUGCCCUGGCCAUCUCGCCGGACUCGAAGGUCUGCUUCAGCUGUUGCAGCGAUGGCAACAUUGCCGUCUGGGAUUUGCAGAAUCAAACGUUGGUUCGACAAUUCCAAGGUCACACGGAUGGCGCCUCUUGCAUCGACAUCUCUGCCGACGGUUCGAAACUGUGGACAGGUGGCCUCGAUAAUACUGUGCGCUCCUGGGACCUUAGAGAGGGUAGACAACUGCAGCAGCACGAUUUCACGUCACAGAUAUUCUCUCUGGGAUACUGCCCGACCGGGGAAUGGUUAGCCGUUGGUAUGGAGAAUUCGAAUGUCGAAGUACUUCAUGCCACGAAACCCGACAAAUACCAGUUGCAUCUGCACGAAUCUUGUGUGCUAUCGUUACGCUUCGCUUCGUGCGGCAAGUGGUUCGUCUCCACCGGCAAGGACAAUUUACUUAAUGCCUGGCGCACGCCAUAUGGUGCCUCGAUUUUCCAGUCGAAAGAAUCGUCUUCGGUGCUCAGCUGCGAUAUUUCUACGGAUGACAAGUACAUCGUCACCGGAUCUGGCGACAAGAAAGCCACCGUCUACGAAGUGAUGUAUUGAGUCACAUAUUGACUUGACGAUACACUUCGAUACAACAUCGAUUGAAGUUUCACGUGACAUUAAGUGUGACUUACAACGGAGGAAUUGAAAAAAGAAAAUUAAUUUUUUUUACUGCAAAUGUGACUAAUAAUAAAUGUGAAUUUAAGGAACUACGAAAUGCGAAUUAUAAAGUUUAACAAGAAUUGACAAGACUUAGUCGAUGUACUACGGUCGCUACAUUCGACGGAAACCGCGAAUUAAAUUUCACAUUUCUAUAAUCCCAAAAAA